AUGUUGUCUAAAACUUUAUUAACACGAUUAUUUAAUAUUCAAUAUCCUAUCAUUCAGGCACCUAUGUCUCCAUUAACAACACCAGAGCUUGUUGCUAAUGUAUCGAAUGCAGGAGGUAUGGGUACAAUAGCAGCAGCAAGAAUGACAGGUGAACAAUUAAGAAAUGAAAUACAUAAAAUACGAACAUUAACUAAUAAACCAUUUGGUGUUAAUGUAUUUAUUCCACCAAAAGAUAUUGAAAUUUCAUCUCAAGCUAUUGAAUCCGUACGAAAACAAUUAAAAGAAUUAGUAAUAAAUAAAAAUUUGCACAAUUGUAAUAUAGAUAUUGCUUCACUUCCAGUCAAACCAAAUAAAGAUCUUUUUCCUGAACAAAUUGAAGUUAUUUUAAAUGAAAAAGUUUCUACACUUUCAUUUACAUUUGGAUAUUUACCAGAUAAUAUUAUAAAUAAAUGUAAACAAUUAAAUAUUCGUUUAAUUGGAACAGCAACCACAGCUAAAGAAGCUAUUUUCUUAAAAGAUAUUGGAUGUGAUGCUGUUUGUUUGCAAGGUUCAGAAGCUGGUGGUCAUCGAGGAAGUUUUCUUACAAGUGAUAUUGAUACUAUUGAACAAUCAACUAUUGGUUUACAAUCACUUCUUUCACAAACAACACAAUUUAUUGAUCCAACAUCAUAUCCAUUGAUUGCGGCUGGUGGAAUUAUGGAUGGUUAUGGUUUAAUUAAUGCAUUAACAUCAGGUGCAUCAGGUGUACAAAUGGGUACACGAUUUGUAACAGCUCAUGAAAGUGCAAAACUUGUUCCUGAAGCUCAUCGAAAUUUAUUACUCGAAGCUAAAAAUGAUGUGAAUAAGCUUUAUCCAACAGUUUUAACACGUGCUUAUACUGGUAAACCAGCUCGAGGUAUACGAACUGCUAUUACUGAUCAUUUCUGUCCUAAUGAAAAUAAGAAUAAUGUUAUAUUACCAUGGCAAUAUCAAUCACAACUUGUUUUACCACUAUGUAAAUUUGCUGCUGAAACAAAACAAACAGAUUUUAUGCAAUUAUGGGCAGGACAAAAUUAUGCACGAUGUGAAAAUCAAUCAGCAACUGCAAUUAUUCAACAAAUUAUUAAAGAAGCGAAUGAUAUAUUACAAUGUAAAAAUUAA